GAGGGAGUGGGACGUGCUGACUGCCGGAGGACAGAGAGAGCGAGAGAGGAAGAAAGCUUCUGCUAAGACUGAACAAAAAGAAAGAUCUAGCGCGGGAUAAGCCGUCCUUCAGCACCACCGCCUUUUUAGCUAAUAAAUCGCUAGUUCAGGCGACAUGUCAGCGGGUUGUCAGCACAGUGAUAGCAGGGCCAUCCCGACCAGGACGGUGCUGAUCAGCGACACAACGCAGCUACCUCAUGAUUACUGCACCACCCCAGGGGGCACUUUAUUCUCCACCACUCCCGGAGGUACCCGGAUUAUCUAUGAUCGCAAGUUUCUGUUGGAUCGCCGCAAUUCUCCUCUGGCUCAGACUCCACCUGCUCACCUCCCUGUCAUCCCUGGAGUGACCAGUCCCCAAACCGUCAUUGAAAAUAAAAAAGAGGAAACUAAAAAUAUGAAUAAGCACGAGAGGAAAUCAGUAGCAGGAGAUGACUCUCAGUUUGAGAUGGACAUCUAGCCUGGAAGACCCGCAGUGGAAUACUUGGCAUCACCUGGUACCUGUGUGCCAGUGGCUUGGCUUGUAAAAUGCUGUGAGUCAUCACAGCCAUCUCAUUUAACAGCCUCCUCAAGUUUAGCAAGGACGUUUAGUAAUAUAGCAAAACUCCCCAUCGGUUCAGCUUAUUGGUGAUAAAAUGUUAUCUGUUGUAUCAUAUAGGGCUGUGCCACUUGGUUGUUUUUCAAAACCACUUGUUGCAUUUUUUUAACAUUAUUUACCUCCUCUAAUGUGACAGAUUGAACAGAUAUGAAAAAGAUCUACCUGUAUUAUGCAUAUAGAUAUUAAGCCCCCUUAGUAUAAUUUUUUUGUUUGUUUAAUAAUUAAGCAGAAAGUGGGAAAAUCUGUAAUCAUGUGACAGAAAAGCGAUACAUUUGUUUGCUAUGUACCUUUUAUCUUUCCAAGUCAAAUGAAAUAGAGGCUGCUAUUACUGAAAUUCUAAUCAAA